GUUUCAUCCCAUUUUCGCAGCGACAGCAACAUGUCGACCCCCGAUGCGUGGUUCAACAACCUUCCCAAGAUCACUCGCACGUACAUGACGCUGUGCUUUGCCACGACGUGCAUGACGCAGUUUGGACUCCUCAGCCCCAAGACCAUCUACCUGGACUUUGACUUGGUGUUCUUUCAUUUCAACUUUUGGCGCUUGGUCACGAGUUUCCUCUUUGUGGGCAAGUUCAGCUUCAACUUUCUCGUAUGCCUCUUGAUAUUGGGCCAAUAUGGAAGCGUGUUGGAAAACGACCCGUUUGUCGCCGGCGGGGGGCCGUCCGCAGACUUCGCCUUCAUGUUGCUCUUCGGUGGCAGCGUUCUCAGCAUCAUUGGCUUCAUUUUGGGCUAUCCGUUUUUGGGAGUCCCGUUGAUCUUCAUGAUCCUAUACGUGUGGAGCCGCAAGCACACGGAACAGAUCGUGUCCUUCUGGGGCUUCAAGUUCAAGGCGCUGUACUUUCCGUGGGCCAUGAUUGGGUUCACGCUGCUCACAGGCGGCGACCCCAUUCCGGAACUCGCGGGGGUGUUUGCUGGGCACGUGUAUUACUUUCUGUUGGAAAUCCUCCCCAACACCAAGAACAUCAACCUGCUGCAAACCCCUCAAUUCUUGGUCAACUUCUUUCCCUCCGACAACAACCGCCCCGUGACGGGUGCUGCCGCGCCGCGUCAAGCUGCUGCCGCCACGGGACCAUCCCGCUACAACUGGGGUGGUGGGCGUACGUUGGGUCGCGACUAGGCUCUACCUACCUUGGGGGGGGUGCUGCAAAUAACGAUUUGAACCCAUUGAAUGCAUCCAUGUCCAUUUACACGUUGCUUAAUCAGUUAUUUCCGCAGAUCAAUAAUGUACAUAAUAUGUAGUAAAGUGUCAUGUAG